AUGAAUGGCACUGAUAUGGAGGAAAUACCGUUUCAGAAAGUCAAAACCAGAAGGAAGAAGUGCCGCUGCUCCCCCGCCCCCCCUCUGGAUGCCAUCGCAUGCGAAGACGAGUUCGACUGCAAGGAGCUAGAGUCCCUCUUCCAGAACUACAACCUGAAGCUGGAGCAGACCUCGACCUUGAAGGCUCUGGCUGUCUUAAUUAUCAUGACGGCGACGCUGGCGCUGGUGGAGCUCCUGUCUGGCCCCAGCCUCAGCAUCUCCAAAGCCUCGCACCCCGUGCACUGCAUCAUUUUCAUGUCCCUCUUCAUUGUGACCAAUGUGAAAUACCUGCAGGUAACGCAGCUGCAGCAGAUCGUCAAGCUCACCUUGCUCUUCAGCUUCACCUUCUCCUUCCUGUGCUGCCCCUUCUCCCUGGGAGCUUAUGGCUUGGAGCCCCCUACUUCGUCGGAUCAAGGGAUGUGGCAGCUCAUGCUGGUGACGUUUGUGUCCUAUGCCCUGCUGCCCGUGAGGACCCUGCUGGCCAUCGUGUUUGGGUUCAUGGUGUCUGUAUGUCACAUCAUUGUCACAGCCACAUCUGUCAGUGUGAAAAGGCACAAGGUCUGGAGAACGCUUGUGGCCAAUACUAUUCUUUUUGUCAGUGUAAAUUUGUCUGGGGUCUUCGUGCGGAUUUUGACAGAAAGGGCCCAGAGAAAGGCUUUUCUUCAGGCAAGAAACUGCAUAGAGGACAGGCUCAGGCUGGAAGAUGAAAAUGAAAAACAGGAGCGUCUUUUAAUGAGUCUUUUACCUAGAAAUGUUGCUAUGGAAAUGAAGGAAGAUUUUCUGAAGCCACCUGACAGAAUUUUCCAUAAGAUUUAUAUUCAAAGACAUGACAAUGUUAGCAUUUUGUUUGCAGAUAUUGUUGGCUUCACAAGUUUGGCUUCCCAGUGCACAGCUCAAGAACUGGUCAAGCUUUUAAAUGAACUGUUUGGAAAGUUUGAUGAAUUGGCAACAGAAAACCACUGCAGAAGAAUAAAGAUUCUUGGAGAUUGUUAUUACUGUGUUUCUGGACUAACACAGCCAAAAACUGACCAUGCACAUUGCUGCGUUGAAAUGGGAUUGGAUAUGAUUGACACAAUUACAUCUGUAGCUGAAGCGACUGAAGUGGAUCUCAAUAUGAGAGUAGGAUUGCACACCGGUCGUGUUCUGUGUGGUGUUCUCGGUCUUCGUAAAUGGCAGUAUGAUGUUUGGUCUAAUGAUGUUACGCUCGCCAAUGUAAUGGAAGCUGGUGGAUUGCCAGGGAAAGUUCAUAUAACAAAGACUACCUUAGAGUGCCUAAAUGGGGAUUAUGAAGUUGAACCUGGUUAUGGCUAUGAAAGAAAUAGUUUUUUGAAAAAGCAUAAUAUUGAAACAUUUUUCAUCGUGCCAUCACAUCGAAAAAAGAUAUUUCCUGGAUUGAUUCUGUCUGAUAUAAAGCCAGCCAAAAGGAUGAAAUUCAAGACUGUUUGCUAUCUCCUAGUUCAGCUCAUGCACUGUCGUAAGAUGUUCAAGGCGGAAAUCCCUUUUUCCAAUGUAAUGACUUGUGAGGAUGAUGAUAAGAGGAGAGCUUUACGAACAGCCUCCGAAAAACUCAGGAACCGUUCUUCAUUUUCCACAAAUGUCAUACACAAUACUCCAGGAACUCGUGUGAAUCGUUAUAUUAGUCGUUUGAUUGAAGCUCGACAGACUGAUUCUGAGAUGUCAGAUUUGAAUUUUAUAAGUUUAAAAUACAAGCAGGCAGAACGUGAACAGAAGUAUCACCAGCUUCAUGAUGAAUAUUUUACCAGUGCAGUCGUUCUUUCAUUAAUUUUAGCUGCCUUAUUUGGUCUUGUCUACCUUUUGAUAAUCCCACAAAGCACUAUUGUCCUUGUCCUCCUGGUGCUCUGCAUAUGCUUCCUGGUGGCUUGUAUUAUGUACUUACAUGUCACACGAGUGCAGUGCUUUCCAGGGUGCCUAACUAUACAAAUACGAACCAUUUUAUGUAUUUUCAUAGUAAUAUUAAUAUACUCUGUGGCACAAGGAUGUGUGGUUGGAUGCAUGCCUUGGUCAUGGAGUGCUAACUCCAGCAGCUCCAUUAUGAUUAUUUCUCCAAAUGGAGAAAAUAAAACUAUGGAGGAACGCCCAUGUGACACGGCUCACUAUGCUUUUUUAUCAUGUGUUGUGGGCACUCUAACCUUGGCAAUUUUUUUACGCAUUUCUUCAUUGCCAAAAAUGAUUUUACUUCUUUUUGUUACUGUUUUAUACAUUGUAAUUUUGGAACUCAGCGGAUACAGAAAAGCAUCAGGGCGGGGAUCAUUUUAUAUGCGAGGUUAUGAACCUAUUCUAGCCAUUUUGCUGUUUUGCUGUGCUUUAGCACUUCAUUCUAGACAGGUGGACUUAAAAUUACGCUUGGACUACCUCUGGGCUGUGCAGGCAGAAGAGGAGAGAGAUGACAUGGAGAGAGUCAAGUUAGACAACAAGAGGAUUCUCUUCAAUCUCCUGCCAGCACAUGUUGCACAGCAUUUUCUUAUGUCUAAUCCAAGAAAUAUGGAUCUUUAUUACCAGUCUUAUUCCCAAGUUGGUGUUAUGUUUGCUUCCAUUCCAAACUUUAAUGAUUUUUACAUUGAACUUGAUGGCAAUAAUAUGGGAGUGGAAUGUUUACGACUUUUAAAUGAAAUAAUCGCUGACUUUGAUGAGCUCAUGGAAAAGGAGUGCUACAGAGACAUUGAAAAAAUCAAGACAAUUGGAAGUACAUAUAUGGCAGCUGUUGGACUGGUUCCAACAACAGGAACUAAGGCAAAAAAAUCUAUUUAUUCUCAUCUAAGCACACUCGCAGAUUUUACUAUUGAGAUGUUCGAUGUCAUUGAUGAGAUCAACUAUCAGUCUUACAAUGAUUUUGUUCUGAGAGUGGGUAUCAAUGUUGGCCCUGUAGUUGCAGGUGUCAUUGGUGCCCGGCGGCCUCAAUAUGAUAUUUGGGGCAAUACAGUAAAUGUUGCUAGUAGAAUGGACAGCACAGGGGUACAAGGGAAAAUCCAGGUAACUGAAGAUGUUCAUCGGAUUUUAAAGAGUUGCAAUUAUGAAUUUGUUUGCCGGGGAAAAGUCAGUGUUAAAGGCAAAGGAGAAAUGUUAACGUAUUUCCUUGAAGGAAAAGUUGAUGGAACAAAUGCACAAACUCGAUCUUUAAACUUAGAAAGGAAAAUGUACCCUUAUGGUAGAACAAACGUUCAAACGAAGCUGGGUACUAGCUGUCCAUCAGUGUCAUCUUCAGCAAAUUUUGUAGUAAGCCCUACAAUGGGCUCACUUCAACCUACAACAUCUCAUGCAAAUCAAACUCUACAUUACCUUCCUUCUGUGCCUGCAAUUGAAGAGGCAUGAAACAAAAAAUACUUGUUUGCGCCAUCUACAGUAAGCUUAAUGCAAUUGCCUGUUCUUGUAAGGGUUCAAGAGAUGUCGCAAAACCAAGGAUAAAUAACCCAACCAAA